AUUCUAUUAUUUAAAAUCAAAACUUUCUUUUUAUUUUCUUUUUUAAAAAACAUUUCAGGCUCACACUUUACUACUGUCGAUCGAACAUCCUCGGAAAACACACACACACACACACAAUGGAGAAAAACACGCCGGUCAGAAAACCUCACACUUCAACUGCAGAUCUGUUGACCUGGUCGGAAAAUCCCCCCGCCGAUUCUCCGGCCACCGGAGCUUCCGCCGCCCGAUCCUCUGCCCGGUCCCAUCAGCCAUCAGAUGGAAUAAGUAAAGUGGUGUUUGGAGGUCAGGUCACUGAUGAAGAAGUUGAAACUCUGAACAAAAGGAAACCUGUUUCGGGAUACAAGUUAAAGGAGAUCACCGGAAGUGGUAUAUUUGCAGCUGGUGGAGAAAAUGGUGUAGAAGAAACUGAUGCUGCCAGUCGGACACCGUCUAACCUGACUGGCAUAAGGAUGUACCAGCAAGCGGUUGCUGGGAUUAGUCACAUUUCUUUUGGUGAAGAAGAAACAGUGUCUCCCAAGAAGCCAAUAUCAGAAGCUAAGCAACGAGAGCUGAGUGGCACGUUAGAUAGUGAGUCGGAAGCAAGGUUGAAGAAGCAAAUUUCGGAUGCAAAAAACAAGGAAUUGAGUGGACAUAAUAUAUUUGCACCUCCUCCUGAAAUCCAACCACGUCCAUUGGCUACUCGUGCAUUGGCUCUUCGAGAAAGCAUAACCAUUGGUGAACCCGCUCCAAAUAAUGGCAAUCCCGAAGAGUGUGUGAUCAAGACGGCAAAGAAGAUCCCAAACCAGAAACUAAGUGAGCUGUCAGGAAACAACAUUUUCAAAGGGGAUGAUGCCCCGGCAUCUGUAGAAAAGCCAUUGAGUUCAGCAAAGCUUCGGGAAAUGAGUGGCAGUAAUAUUUUUGCUGACGGGAAAGCUGAGUCUCGAGACUAUUUAGGAGGUGUUCGCAAGCCUCCAGGUGGUGAGAGCAGUAUCGCAUUGGUGUAAUUGUUUUACCUUUGAACAUUUUUACUAUUUAUUUGUCGGAUGUUCGUGUCAUGUUGACCACAGGUGUGGACUUUUGGCUAAUUGGGUUGGUGGUUUGUUCAUAAUUAAGUGUUUUGUUCUCUAAUGCAGUGGUUGGAUUUGACUUU